AUGGCAGACCCCGCCAAGGAGCCUUCCAACUGGACGGAGCACACCCAGAGCGAUGGACGGCGAUACUACUACAACAAGGUGAACAAGCUUUCGAGCUGGGAGAAGCCAGAAUGCCUGAAGAACCCGGACGAGAAGCUCAACACCACCGUUUGGAAAGAGCCCCCCCGCUGGCAAGUCAUGCUGUUGGGCAGAAGGUCAAAGGUGAAGUUGGCACGUGCAGGAGAAGGAGAAGGCGCCAAAGCAGGAGGACUUCAUGAUGAGUGUGGUGGAGUGAGGGAAUCGAUGAGGAGGCAGACGCCAAGGCCACGAGCGGAAUUGCAUGACUGGCGUUUGUUCCAGGGCGAUGAGAAGGCUGACAUCCGGAGCCUUAUUUGCCAGCUCGGCUUUCUCGAGCCCGAACAGGAGUCUCCUAGCACAGGUCGUGUCUAUUUGCGAAGGAUUGCUUAUUGGCCGCUGGUUCUUUUGCGCAUGCUCUGCGUUGACUCUGCUGGUGUCGAUGCGUAA